AUGUUCCGGCGCGUGUACAUUCCGGCGAGCGACGGGGAGCUUGGCAGCCAGGCCAGGGAGGUAAUAAGACUCCUCUACGGCCACUUCUGCGCUCACCCGGGUGAGAUACCCGCCGAGUACCACAUACGGCAGGACUCCGUUGAGCGGAUGGCCCUGGACUACGUUUCCAGCAUGACUGACCAUUUCGCGCUGCGCAUCGCCGAAGAGAUACGGCCGGGCAUCGCCGCGUUGAGCACGGCGUUGUACCGCUAG